CUUCUCAUUUCCCAUUCUCUCUCCUUCCUUUUCACCUUCUUCUCCUUCCCUUCCUUCCUACAAUAUUUGCAGUUGCAGACUUGCAGUAAUAGCCGAUUUAAUACACAGCAGACCCUACUGGGUCGCAGUCGCAUACCCUUUUUUGUUUUCUGCUCAGAGAUUUCAAGACAGAACACAUAAGAGAAUAUUGUAGAAGAGGAAGAGGAAGAAGAAGAAGAAGAAGAUGGAUGUUCAUGUUCGUUCCAGAAGGUCGGCCAGGGAGACAAGCCCAGAUAGAGUGAAAGUCUGCAUGACGGUCCAACAACAACAACAGAACCCGAAGCCAUUAAAGGUCGUCAAGCCUAUUAGAAGAUCAGUUCAGGUUGUUUACUAUCUCACCAGAAAUGGUCACCUUGAGCACCCUCAUUACAUGGAAAUCAACCUCUUACCCAAUAACCCACUUCGUUUAAGAGAUUUCAUGGACAGACUCACUGUUCUCAGAGGCAAAGGCAUGCCGUCUCUCUAUUCUUGGUCCUGCAAACGGAGCUACAAAAAUGGUUAUGU